AAUAUUGUAUGCUGCUUGUGUCUUGCGUUUCCAAUUCACGGUACCAUAAAGAUGGCCAAAACGUAUCAAAAGAGUUUGCAAGAUGAGCAGGAAUUUAAGGAUGGUGUGGAAAAACUUGAGCAACUUGAGAAACAUACGAAAAGUGUGAUGGCGGGCAAUCAACUUGAAAUUAAGAAAUAUAUCGCCUAAUCAAAAAGUGCUUUACGAUAGCAGCACUGUGUGAUCGAUAGCUCGAGCAACAUAUGAAACUCGUUUUGGCGCGCAAGCAAAUCGAAAACACAAAAAAAUAUUGAUUAAUCGAUGAGUGCUGUGCUGUUGCAGCACUGCGUACUCGACACAUCAACAAAAGUUACGCAUCUCUAAUUCAGACCCUGAACUCAAAAUAUAUUUAGUUUUUGUUGAAUUUUUUCAAAAUUUUUCGCAAUAUGGACGAGUCGGAACUGCUCUUCAAUUUGUUCUACUUCCUGCUGUGCAUGUGCGUCAUUUAUCCGCCCGAGGAGUUCCAACGUCUGGGCUUCACAAUUGAGCAGAUGUUCUCGCGCUUUCUGGGAGAGGAAUAUCUUGAUUUCGUCGGAUACCACAUACGCCGCACAUCUCUCAAUCUGUUUGUCCAUAGCUGCCUGCCCGUUACAUAUUUUCUUAUACACAGGCUAAAGUUCUCGGUGUUUGCCACACAACAGCCGCUUGAGGACAAUGAAGUUGAUCCGGAUUUUCCAAUGCCACUGGAAGCGGUGGCCUUUAAAACGUUGACCUGGAAAAUGGCUCAACGUUUUAGUGUAUUGGCUGUGCUGGCUGUGCCGGCAUUGAUCUUCAACUGGCAUCAGCACAACUGGCGCAGACAUCCCAUAAACAAAACACUUGCCAAAUACUCAAAUACACCGGAUAGCUACAGCGCCGUAUCCAGUGACAUUGGCACCGAGUUCCGUCGCCAGGACGUCUACAAACGGAAACUGAACUCAAUUAGCACAGUGAUUGCCACUGAAAACUGGAUAAUCAAAACAACCAUGUACAAUGUUAACUUUGCUCAUCAAGCCAACACAGCGCUCAGCGUUGCCAAGGCGGAAACUUAUAAUAUAUCUCAGCAUGAUCAAAAUGAUACCUUGCAAAUGAUCAGCAUUAUUGUGCGUCCGAUGCGUCAAGGCGUCUCCGAUUUUCAUAUUCGCAUCAAUGCAUUGGAGUUCCGGAGUUUGGAAGAUCGCGUAAGGCGACCUAUCGCAAUACCCUCAAACAUACAAUUUCAUCGCAGUGUCAUCGAUCGUUUCGUUGAUGUGUUCAAGGCGCAGGUGACGCUUAAUCCCAUCUUCAAUUCGGAGCCAAUUACGGACAAGUGUUUUGCCUGCAUGUUAGCCGAGCCCAAUAUCAAAAUAAACAAGCAAUGUGCCGAUAUGAAUCGAGCUGGAGCACCGCUAACAGAUGAGGCAUGUUGCUCCAAUUGUUACUGUCGUCCAAUGUGGUGUGUGGAGUGUUUGGCACGUUGGUUUGCCGCCCGCCAAAGCGAUGUAGAUCGCGAGGUUUGGCUGGAACAGAAAUGCACCUGUCCCAUGUGUCGUGCCAAGUUCUGUGUCCUUGAUGUUAGCUAUAUAAGGGCGCCUGUGGCAACGAAUGAAGCCUCAUGAUUUAAACAAUUCAACAAUUCAUUUAAGCCUUAUGCUUUAUUGUUAAGAUUUACAAAAUUAAAUUUCUGUUCUAAGGUUAAGACAAAUAUACAUGUGUAUAUAGGUUUAUAAGUAGUAAGUAUAGUUAAAGAUAUGCGUUUGCAAUUUAGUGCAAUUAUCACGUUUUAAUACUUGUACAAUCUAAGCAAGAAAGAGAUAAUAAUGUUCAUAACUUUACUUUAUAUAUGUAAGUACAAUCGAUCUAUAAUAUAUAUAUAUAUAUAUAUAUGUAUAUUUAUUUAUGUAUAUAUGUAUGUAUAUCUAGAGAGUGCCUAAGUAGCCCAUAAUCUGUUUUAUUCUCUAUUUAAACUAAAUAGCAGCAACAAAGCACAAAAAA